UUUUCGUCGUUGGAGACAAAAGUAAUAAAAUAUGUUUAAGAUUAUCAAAAAUAUAAUAGUUGAAAAUGACGCACUUAAACCAGUUGAAAAACCACAAGAAUUUCAGUACAUGAAAUGGGUACAAUAUCACCUUAAAUAUAUUGAUGGUUGGCCGAAAAUGGAUAUGAAUAAAAAAAAUGUAUCCAAGAUUAGGUUUCAUAAGCGACAUUUAUUAGUAGUUGAACAAACAAUAACUUUUCUCAGUCAAAUGUUUUACAUUGUGAAAAACUACGGAAAAUUAUCUUUCUUUGAAAUAGGCCAUUCAUACAUAACGGCAUUAAUGACCAUUGUUAUUUUCAGCAGAUCCGUCGUCACUGCGUUAGGCAGAUAUAGAAAAAUUGCGCGGUACUUCGUUAGCUCUCUGCAUUUAUACCAUUAUAAAGAUAUAUCAGAGUACGCUUUGCAGACGCAUCUUCUAGUUCACAGACUAUCUCACUACUAUACGGUGUACUUGAUAUCGCUUGUUGUCACGGGAAUGUUACUGUUUAAUAUUACGCCGCUGUAUAACAACAUAAGCUCAGGAGUAUUCAAUAGUCCUCGUCCUGAGAACAUGACUUUCCAGCACGCUGUCUACUUAGGUCUGCCUUUCGACUAUACAACCGAUAUUAAAGGAUACUUUGUUGUGUGUAUAUUAAAUUGGCAUUUAUCACACAUCGCAGCAUCGUAUUUUUGUACGUUCGAUUUGUUUCUUUCUCUCUUGAUACUACAUUUGUGGGGACAUCUCAGAAUAAUUUUGAAUAAUUUAAAAACAUUCCCAAAACCUUAUACAAAUAACUCGAUGUACACAGAAGAAGAAAAUCAGGUGGUAUUGUUAAAAUUACAAGAAUGCAUUCGUUACCACAAUUUUAUAAUAAGUUUUACAGUUAUGAUGUCGAACGUGUACGAUGUAGUUAUUAUCGUUUAUUAUCUUUUUCAUCAAGUGACCGGUUGUCUGUUGUUACUCCAAUGUUCAACAUUGGAGUGGGAGUCAUUAAGUCGCUAUGGGCCAUUGACGCUCAUAAUAUUUCAACAGCUUAUUCAAGUGUCCAUGAUAUUCGAAAUACUUGGAUUUUUGAGUGAUAAAUUGCCGAAUGCUGUCUACAGUAUCCCCUGGGAGGCCAUGAAUGUAACAAAUAGAAAACUGGUGCAAGUUUUGUUACAAAAAUCACAAAAGCCCAUUCAAUUCAAAGCUAUGAAUAUGAUGAGCGUUGGAGUUCAAACCAUGGCGUCGAUAAUAAAGACAUCUAUUUCAUACUUCAUCAUGCUACGCACCAUAGCAAGAGAUUAAUUUUCCAAAUUUCGAUGUUUUUCUUUUCGAUUUAGUGACACAAACACAGAUCAUCAUUCUGUUACUAUAGAUUGGUUUAAUUUAAUUAAUUUUAUAAAAAUCUUCUCGUGUAGAA